CAAAAUGGCUGUCGGCUGAAGGAUAAUGGUUCUCUGCGAACCCAGGAAUUUUGAAAACAUCAAAAGAAAAUAUGAAUUAGAUCGCAUUUGCAGACUGAUAUUCUUGUAAAGCUCUAAACAUCACACAGGUCGAGAUAUAAUCAGGAGCCCGGUUAAUACCAUGUGGAAGUGGUACUCGGGAGACGGAUCAGGCCCUGCCCAAGGAGCUCCAGACUCCCAGGAAGGGAUGAACCACAAGUCAAUGGCUGAUGUAUGUGAACAGCUGGCACAGACAGAACAACUAGUUGUACAGCUAAAAGAACUGAUCCGGGAAAAAGAUAAUGCCCUCCGUACCAAAGAUGAACAGAUUAAGUCGGAAAAAGAAGCAUGUGAAGCCAAACUUUCUAAAGUAAAACUCCAAAAUAAAGCCAAAGUCAACUCCUUAAAUUCUCAGCUGGAUGAACUAAAGAAACAGUUGACACCAUCAGGAACAAAAGAAGCAACGGCUGGUCUGAAGAAGACAACUGGAGAUGGUAAUCAGGAGAAUGCAGCAGCAAGCCGUGGAAAAAUCCUAGUGCUUAAGAAGAGAGUGGAAGAACUGGAAUCACAACUUUCCCAAUGUAAGGCAGAGUUGAAAAACAAGAAUGCAGAGAUUGAGACUCAGAGACAGCGUGGCUCAGAGAUGGAUGCCAUGCUUGCAGAGAAAGAUAAGAAACUUUCUGAAAAAGAGGCUUACAUCAUUGACCUCCAACUGAUAGCUUCAGGAGAGAACCCUGCUAGAGCAUUGUCUACACCAGCAGAAGAGCCAAAGGUUCAGAUGACAGAGAAAGACACUCCGUUGCAAGACCUUCAAACGCUUGUCAAGAAUCUUACAAAGAAAGUGGAGGAAAGUGAGGAGAAAUACAGCAUUCUAAAGGAGCAGUCAGAAAGUCUGAAGGAACUUCUUGUUACGGAAAAGAAACAGUUUGAGGGGAAAGAAAAUAUGUACAAGGAAAAUAUCCAGACAUUCAAAGAUAUUAUUAUGGAAAAAGAAAAUAAUCUUGUUGAACAAUACCAGAAGCAUGAACAUGAGCUCUUUAAGCUGGCAGCAAAAUCCGAUGCUAGUGCUGAACUGGAACAGUUGCUGAAGACCCUCAAACAGAAACUACAUGAAAAGGAGGAAGUGCUGCUUGGAAGAACCCAGGUUGUAGAUGUGUUGCAGAGGGAGCUGGAUACCAGGGAUCAGCAAAUUAAGGAACUUAAUGAAAAAAUGAAGCGUCUUCAAGUAGAAAAAGACAACAUGCAAUCCAAGCUAGAUGCUGAAAAGCAUGUAAUGAGAGCCCAGCUGAGAGACCUGAUGCAGAAACACGAGACAGAGCUGAAACAUGUCAGGGAGAAGCAUGAAACCGAACUGUCUGAGAAAGACCAGGCUUACCUGCAGCUCCAGAAAGAACUGGAAGAGGUUAGAAAUCACACUGAAGCUGCUGGGGCACUGGCCACGGACAGCACUGUGGAUGCUGGUAGCAAUCCGAGGAUUGCACAGUUGGAAGUACAAGCAAAGCUGAAAACUGAGGAGGCCAGCAAAUCUGAAGCCAAGUUCCUCAAAAUGAAAGCAUGGUCCAAAUCCAGGAUCAAACAGCUGGAGGAUGAACUCAGAAAAGCUCAGUAUGGAACCACAAGCUUAGAUAAUACUGCCUUAAAAAACAGAGUUGCUGAGCUUGAAGGUGAAAGAGAAGAGAUUCUGCAGAAACUGGAACAGUAUGAAGAACUAAAGACACUAAAUGAUGAGCUAGUGGCUAAGCUUGAGAUAUAUGAAGAACAGCAAAGAAAGAUGCAAGCUGACCUGGAACAAGUUACUAAGAGAGCAGCUUCUCAGACCAGUGAAUCCGGCAGUGCAGACGAGCUGCAGAGCCAUGUGCUGGAGUGGCAGGAUAUGGUGUCUGAUGCCGAGGGUGUUCGUGACCAGGCCAGGGAGGAGAAAGCUGCAAUGGCUUUACGAAUGACACAUAUAGAAGAGGAGAGGGAAGCCCUAGUCACUCGGCAGCAGGAGUUGGAGGAGGAGCUGGCGCAAGCUCGAGGGCUCAGACCUAAAAGAGGCAAGCAGAAGCAGACUGCCAACAGCACUCACAAUCUGCAGGAGGAUUAUGAAUUUGAUGGAAAACAAGCUUAUCAGGAUCCCAACAACACUUCAGACAGCAGUGAUUUUGCUGAUGGAGAGAACAUGGGAGGUUGGUGGCCAGAGUUCUCUUCUGACAAUACAGGACUCAGGUCUGUGGUUGAAGAGCUGGAAUUGGAGAGGAACCAGCUCCAAGAGCAGAUCUUGACACUUGAAGAACGAUGUCAGCAUCUUGAGGACAGGUUACAGCUUCAAGCAAGAAUAGAGUCACUACAGAAUGAAAAUGAACGUCUACAGGGCCAACUAACUAAUCUGCGCAGUCAGCAUAACAGAGACACUGAGAAACAUCAGGUGCUGAUUUCCAGUCUGAAUGAACAGCUAAAAGGAUUUAGUGACAGGGAAGAAAUUCUUGAAUCUUCACUGAUUGAGAAGGAGCAGACACUGGUGGGAAACUCUGAAAAGCUUGAACAAAUCAAAAACCUCAGAGACUCUUUGAAGGAGAAGGAGGUGCAAAACAAAGAACUCACUGACAAGCUUCUGCAAGCUGAGCAAAAUGUGGCUGAAUUUACAGGGAAGUGUUGUACUUAUGAAAAACAGUGUUCUGAACUGAAGACUUCUGUUGCAGACCUUACACAUAGAUUGAGCGCUGCCAAGGAAAAGACUCAAAAGCAAGAUGUUGCCAUUGAAAUGCUUCAGCGUGACUUAGAUCAGACUAAUGAUGAACUUGACAAAUUAAAUUCCACCCAUUUGGAAGAACGUGCUCUGCUGAUUCACAACCUUCAAAGCUGUGAGAGAGAGAUUGAUAAUCUUAAAGAUGUUCUCUUGGAGAGAGACAAAGAAAUCGCUGCCCUUUCCAACAGCAUGACUGAGUACCUUGAUCAGGUUUUGCAGCUGAAACAACAAAUUAAAUACAAAGAGGAGCAGGUGGGUGGAAUGGAGACUGCUUUGGUGAAGGCAGAGAGGCAGGCUCAAAUAAUAAGAGAGUCCCAGUCUUCAGAUGAGGAGACCAUGAACACCAAGCUUGCCUCUCUUGUGGAGGAACUGAAAGAGAUGGAGAUGGAACUGAGCAAUACUAGAGAGCAAAAUAAAGCUAAAUGCAGUGAGGUUGAAGAACUUUUAAAACAAGUUCAUGUUGGUAACGAGAUUACUCAGAACCUUCGAACUGAUAUUCAAAAGCUGAAUGUUACUCAUCGCACUCAUCUUGCAGAAUGUGAGACUCAGUUAUCUUUUCUGAAAGAGCAGGUUACUGCAUCAUCUCGGAGAUUGCAGGAGGUAGAUACCAAAAACCUUGAGGAGACAAAUAAGCUGGCUGCUCAGCUUGAAGAAACAAAUACUGCUUACAAGAAUCUGAAAACCCUGCUGCAGGAAAAAGAGAAAAAAGAGCAGAGUUUUGAAACUGAACUGAAAUCUUUUAAGGAUGAAUGCAACAAGCUGCUUACUGAGGCAGCAAGAAAAGAUGAAGAGCUUCUCAUAUUAUCCAAACAACUUGCAGAACAAGUGGAACACCAAGAAAUGGUCAAAAGGGCAGUGCAUGAAAACCUGGAGACUAUAUCCUGUCUGGAGGAAAAACUUAAGGUUGCUCAGCAGGAGGCAGAAGAAACUAAACUGAAACUAAGUCAAAAGUUGCAGAUCAAAGAGACAGAAUGUAUACAACUCAAAGAACAGCUUGAGGUCAAAUCUGAAUCUGUUUUGAAACUAGAAACAGAAAUUAAGACUCUCAACAAUAAAAAUGACCAACUCCAGACCAUUGUUGAGGAAAAGGACAAUGAAAUUUUGGUUCAAACAAAGCUUGCUGCUGAUUUAAAUGAAAAGGCUGCUAAUGUUCAGGGAGUAAAUCAGAAUCUGCAGUGUCGAGUGAACCAGCUUACUAAUGAGAGUGAAAAGCUAAAGAGAGAGCUAUCUGACCAGGAGAGUUUGAAAUCAAAGCAGCAAGAUCUUGUUAGUGAGUUACAGGGUAGGAUAUCUGCAAAUGAGGUGCACAUUUCAGAGUAUGAAAAGACUGUUGCAGUGAUGCAGAAAGAAAAAGAAUUACUGACCUCAAAGACUGAGGAUCUUGUUAAGCUCUUAGAGCAAAAUCAAAAUGUGGUUGCUGAAAAGUUGUUGGAUAAAACAAGUGAGUGUAAUACUCUUGCAAAACUGCUUUCUGAGAACCAAGAAUUGAUUACACAUUUGCAAGACCAAGUACAGCUUCUAACUUCUCAGGUAGACCAGUUAAAAUGCAACAUUGCUGAAAAGGAACAAGCAAUUAUUGAUAAAGUUACUAAAUGUGAAAAUCUACAAAGCCAGCUCGGGCAACUGCAGGAAACUCUGCCUAUGCUUCAAGAACAGAAUCAUACAUUACAAUCGAUGCUGGUUGAAAAGGACUUGUUACUACAGGAGAAAGUUACUGAAUGUUAUUCCUUGCAGAAACAAAUAAACAAGCAAAAUGAGUCUGUUGUAAAUUUACAAAAUGAAGUAGAUUCUCUAAAAGAUGAAGGCAAGAAACUUACCCAGAGUUUGGAAGAAAAAGAAGUAGCCCUGAAAAGUAGAAUCUGUGAAUGUAAUGACCUGUUUGAUCAGAUAAAAAGAAAUAAUGAAGCAAUUACGGUACUAAGCAGUCAAAUUGAUGUCAUGAAUGAAGAAUCUGUGAAACUGAAAUCUGAGAAUGAGGAUCUUAAAACCACUUUGAAUAAUCGGAAUGUUGAUUACAGCAAACUUUAUGAACAGGCAACUCUGAGCCAAACUGAAGCCGCAGAGUUGCAGAGCCAGGUCCAAAUAUUAAACGCAGAAAUUCAGGACACAAAAGCAGACAUAUUAGGAAAGUUGAACGAAAUUGCUGUGUUCCAGUCAGAGUUAUCUAAAAAAGAGGAAUGUAUAGUUUUAUUAAACAAACAGUUGGACAACAUGAAUACUAAUGCAGAGAGCUUAAAUAUAAGUUUACAAGAGAAAACAGAAUCUUUGAAUCGGCAAGACCUAUUGAUAAAGCAGUUGCAGACAAAGUACAUGGAAGAGGAAGGUCAGCUGUCUGAGAAUAUGGCAGUAAUUGCUCAGCUUCAAACGCAAGGUCAGGAUAUGCAGAAAGCACUGCAGCAAAAAGAAAAGACCCUGAAAAUGCAACAAAAAGAAAUUAAACAGCUUAAGGAUAAGGCAGAAGAAUCUGAGGUGUUAAAAUCACAACUUAAUGCAUACCUGGAGAUGAUAACUGAUCUCGAGAGGCAACUUAGAAGUAUGACUGAGAGGUCUGAUCAGUUACAAUACAGCAUGACCGAAAAAGAGGCACUGCUGAAAAAAAAAGUUGAUGAUUAUGUUAGCUUAAAGGCCCAGUUUUCUGAUCUGGAAGAUGCUGCAUCUCAGCUCAGAGUUCAGUUGGAGCAAGUAACCACCGAGUCAGAUGCACUGAAAGUUGCUGUUAAAGAAAAGGAGUCAAAUCUGAAACAGACUGAAGAGAGUUCACUGGUUCAAAGGGAGGAGUUGAUUUCAAAAUAUCAGGGUAAACAGACUGAAUGCGAGAGUCUUAAAGACCAGCUCUCAACCCUACAACAGACUGCUUCAGGGCUGAAUGAACACAUCACCGCUCAACGCUCUGAAAUAAACCAACUGAAUGAAACAAUCUUGAAAACAGAGACUUAUAUUGUGGAGCAAACCAAGGCAAUGCAGGAACUGCAAGAACAAGCAGAGGAAGCAAAACUUUUCAAAUCUCAGUUAAUGGAAAGCACAGAAUUAAUAUCUCAACUACAAAGCCAAGUGCAAAAGCUAAUCUCAGAAUCUAAAAUGUUAGAUAAAUCAGCUGGGGAAAAACAGACGGCCUUCUCUAAUCUACAAGAGCAAUACACAACACAAACCGAGCAGCUACGGGAAAUCAGUUCAGCUCUUUCACAGAAAAGUGAAGAGAUAUCUAGUCUUCACAGAUUGAUAAGUGAAAAGGAUGACAUUAUAAAGGCUAUAGAAAACACUUCAAGCACACUUAAAAAUGAAGUGGAACAGCUCAAGGUUGAACUGGAGAAGAACAAGGUUUCAUAUGCUGAUCUGCAGCAAAAGGAUAAUGCUUUGGCUGCUGAGAUAGAGGUACUAAAAGCAGAAAACCUUGAAGCUGUGGCCCAGUUGAACAUGGCAAACCAGGCUGUGGAACAAAGAGAACUUGUUGUACAGUCCCUAAAUAGCAAAUAUGCUGAACAAUUACAAAAUAUAGAAAGCUUACAUUUAGAAAUUCUGUCUUUGAAUGAAAAGAAUUCAAACAUGAAUAAAGAAAUGCAGUUAAUGACUCACAGCUUACAACAGCAGCUGGAUUCAGCGCUUAGAGAAAAAUUGGUUCUGAAACAAGACAUUGACAGAACCAUUGCAGAGAAAGAGGAACUUAUCAACAACUACAGCGACCAACUGCAGAAAAAGAAAGAUGAAUUGCAGACAUGUGAGCAAGUGGUGGCUAAUCUGAACGAAGCAGGGGAACGAUUGAAGAAUGAAAAGGAACAACUUCAAAUGCAGGUUAGUGCCAAAGGUGAAGAAGUCACCGGAUUGAAAUUAGAAAUACAGAAAAUAGAACAAACACUAAUGGAUUCAGAAAAGGAAUGGUUGGCUGAUAGGGAUAAUCAGAAAAACAGUCUUCUAACUGAGCAGUUGAGGAGUUUAGCAAAUGAGAUGAAGUCAAAAGAUGUUAAAAUCCAAGCACUGCAACAGGACCUAGAUAACAUGCAGGAAAAGUUUGCUGAAGUGUCUUCUGCACUUAAAAUGAGCUCUAAUGAACUAACAGAAAAGAACAUGGUGGUAGCAGACCUGAGUCAGCACAUUGCAGAAAAUCAAAUUAAACUAGAAGAAAUGUGUUUAGUGGUUCAGAAAAAAGAUUUAUUAGCGAGACAGAUUCUGUCAGAGAGGGAAAAAGAAAUUAAAAACUUGCAGACUGAAAAACUGUCCAGUCAACAUGAUCUUUCAGAAUUCUCUCAAUCAAUGUCUGAAAAACUGUUGGCUUUUGAAGAAGAAAAGUUCGCUUUACAGGCGGCAAUGAAACAGUUAAAAUUAAAGCAUCAGUCUAAAGUGGAUUCCCUGAAGCAAGAAUUAGACAGAAACACUGAGGUAUGGCAGCAAAAAGUGUCUGAAAUGUCAGAAAAAGACAAAUACAUUCAGGACGAAAGGAAGCAAGUAUGUUUAUUACAGCAACAAGUAACGAACCUGCAAGAACAACUGGAUAUUUCUACAGAUAAAGUAAAUUCUACAGUUAAGGAGGGUACACAACAUCUUAAUGAUUUGCUCAUAAAGGAAGGCCAGAUACAAAGUUUGACACUUCAGGUAAAUCAACAGAAAGAAUUGCUUACCUCAAUAAGUCAGCAGCUGAGGGAGAAGGACUUAUCUGUCACUCAGGUUAUGGAGUCUGCAUCUAAUGAAAUGCUAAAGCACAGAGAGGAAAAGAAUAGUUUGAUUGUGCAACUAGAACACCUUGAAAAAAAACAUAGUUGCUCUACCAAGGAACUUGAAAGCCUGUACCAGCAGCUUGAAGAAUACAAGAACACACUGUCACAUUCUCAAGCCCUUGUCCAAUCAAAAGAUGUUGAGAAUCAAGGUUUAAUUAGUGAAAAUGAGCAGCUGAAAGUACAGCAUGACAAACUUGCCAAAGAGAAGGACCUAUUGAAAAGGAAACUUCAAGCUGCUCUGUUGGUAAGAAAGGAACUGAUUAAGAAGAUGGAGGAGUUUGAGAAGAAAAGUCAAGAUGAUUUUUAUAAGGAUAAAGAAACAGCAGAUCUGCAAAACAUAGUACAAGAGUUAACCUCACAAGUAACUCAGGCUCAGACAAGAGGCAAAGAACAGGAAUCUCAUUUAGAACUUCUAAAACAACAAAUUCUACAGAAAGAAGCUGACAUUAAUGAGUUUGCUCGGAGCCUUUCCACCAAAGCAACCCUUGUAGGUCACUUGGAAGAUAACAUACGGCACCUGGAAAUAACAGUACUUGAGAGAGAGACUAGUCUUGCUGAUGCACUGAAGGCUGUCAUGGAAAAGGAUGCUGUUAUUGAGGCUCUUCAGUGUAGUUCAAAAGAAAAUGAGAAAUCCUUUGAUAAUGAACGUUGUGAGCUUAAACAAGAGAAAGAGCUUUUACAAAAGAAACUGCAUGCAGCACUUUUAGCCAGAAGAGAAGCUAUAAAGAAGGCUCAAGAAAAAGAGAGAAACCUAAGAGCGGAAUCCACACAACAAAAGGAAGAAUUUGACAAGCUUUUAAGAGAAUGUUCUCAACAGGCUGAAGAACUGAGAACUACCAAGGAACAACUAACCACUAUUCAGCAAGACUACUGUUGCAAAUUAAAAGAAUUUGAGAAUAACCGGGAGGUCAUAGAUGGACUGCAGAGUCAGCUGAAUUCCAUUAAUGCUCUUCUUGAAGAAAAAGAGAAAUCCCUGCAGGAGGUAAAGAUGCAACUGGAAGAGCUGGAAAACAAAACAUGUAGUGCCUUACGUGACCAUGAUCAGGGAAAUACCCUUAAAAUUAAAAUGUCAGAUAUGACUUCUGAGUUAGAAAAUAAUGCCAAUUCCCAAAAAACACUUGAAGAUGAUUCAAAAGAACUUGCACGAGAGAUUGAACAAGUAAGAUCAGAACUUGAAAAGGCGAACAUAAAGAUCACUGAGAAGACUGAAGAACUAUUAAUUCUGCAACAGACUGUUAACAUUGCACAGCAACAGCACCAGCAGGAAAAGCAGGUGCUAAUAGACGAGUGCAUUGAAUUGCAGGACCAGUUGAGAAAAACCCAGAGUGACGUUGAAUAUUUUACAAUGUCCCUUGAGGACAUUAAAAAAGAAAAAGAUUCCCAGUCUGAAGCAUUUAACAAUAGCAAUAAGAUGCUUCUUGAGGCGAACAACGAGUUGAAGGAAGAACUUGAAAAAGUACAUUCCUUGAUUGCUGAAAAGUCUGAUGAAUGCAAGGCCAUGAAGAAUACUCUUGCUGAAAUGCAGCACCAGUUCGAACUGGAGAAAGUUCGUAUAAAAGCUGAAUCUGAGCAAAUGGAGAGCCGCUGGAAGCAGUCCAAAGCUAAAACCGAAAGCUACAAGUUACACCUGGAAAAAAUAGAGAAAGAAAAGGAAGAUAUCUUUUGUUCAUUGGAAAAGUUCAGAGAAGAAAGUGUCACCCUGCAAGAAAAACUGGAUGAAUCAAACCGACUAAAAGAAGAAUUUUCUGAAAAAGUAUACUCGUUGCAAUCUGCUGCUGCCCAGCAUGAAGAAAAGCUAUUUCUGUUGCAGUCACAAACUGAAAAGCUGCAGGUAAUACUUGAAGAAAAAGAAAAUGCUAUUCUGUCUCUCAAAUCAAGUAUUUCUGAAAAAGAAGAGCUUCUAGCAGCACUGGAGUUGCAAAUGCAGAAGGAGCUUCACCUUCAUGAAGUGGAGAGGGGAAGGGUGAAAACAGAAAUACAUGAACUGCAUCGAAAGGCAGCAGACAUGUCUCAUCUAAGCAAGGAGCAAUCCGAUGUGAGCAAAUCUAAUGAACAGAUCACUAGAAAGCUCCAAGCAGCUUUAAUAUCUCGUAAAGAAGCUUUAAAAGAGAACAAAUCUCUCAAGGACAAAAUUCAGACAUUAUGUUCUGAAAAGGAAGAAUUAAUCCGUAUGUCUUCUAGUCUUGAGAAAUCUUUGGCUGAUAUGAAAAACCAGCAGGGGGACUUGAAAGUUUCUAUCACAGCCCUAAGUGAUGAAAAAGAAAUCCUUAUUUCAGAAGUAGACAAAAUUCUAAGUGAUAACCAUAGCCUCAGUGCUGCAUGUGAAAGUCUUAAACAUACAAUUGAAAAUAUAACGCAACAGAAGCAAGCAUUCUCAUGCCAAUUGGAAUCAUUGAAAGAUUCCGAAACAGAAGAAUUGUCAGAAUGGAAGUCCAAGCACAAAGAGUUAAAGCAAGAGUAUGAAUCUCUUCUGCAAGCCUAUGAAAACAUCAGCAGUGAAAUGGAUAAGAUGAGGCAGUUGGUUGAGACAACCAGAAAAGAGAAGCAGGAGGUGCUUUCAAAGAGAUGCAGACUUGAAACUGAGAAAGAAGUGUUAGAGAAGCAGUUAAACGAAGCUAAAGAGGAACAAGAAAAACAAAAAGAAAAAAUGAGAAAAUUUGCAAAACUAAAACAACAAAAGAUCCAAGAACUAGAGGAAGAGAAUGAAAAAAUUAAGAAUGAUCAGUUGAAAAUGGCUGAAAAGAAGCAAGGAACUGUCAAAGAACUGGCUCUAAAGAAAACAGAGCUAGAAGAGGAGAAUAAAGAGUUACAAGAAAUAUGUGAAAAACUCAGAAAAAAACUAAAUGAGAUUCAGAGUGAAAAAUCUAGUCUGCUUAGUGAUGUUGAAGCAACUAGAUCCUCUUUAGAAAAGCUUCAAGUUGAAACUAAAGCUCAAUCUGACCUACAAAUCAAAAUAAAUGAGGCUCUCGGUUUAAAAGAUUUGUUGGCUGCCGAACUUGAAUCUCAGAAAGCAGACAUUGUAGCCAAAGUUGAAGUUAUUAAAACACUACAGCAAGAAAAAUUAUCACUGUCUGAACAAGUGACUGAAUUAGAAAGGCAACACAAAGUAGAACUGGAUAAGAGGGAUAACACUAUAGCAAAACUUGAUAGUGAAAUUAAUAGUAAUCUGCAAGAGACCAUAAGUCUCAAUGAGAAGGUGAGGAUUUUGGACGAUGACAAGUCCCUUCUUCAAGAAGAACUUGAAAAUGUGCAGGAGAUUUCAGAAAAAGUAAAAAAUGAGAACGAGUAUUUAGAGACGGUGCUGCUUAAGAGUGCUGAAAGGCUCGACCUGCUGACUGACACGGUCAGCACCCUGCGUAUGCAAAAUAAUCUGUUAUCUACUCAGUUGAGUGAGAUCAAGGAAGAAAAACAUGGCCUGAUCAGGGAGAAAGAAGGGCAGCAGGUUAAACUGGUGAGGGAGUUUGAGGAGAAACUGAGGGCUGCUCAAAGAGGGAAAGAGGGAUCUAAAAGUGUGACCAAGGAAUUGCAGGAACUGUUAAGAGAAAAACAUCAGGAAAUCAACCAGAUGCAAAAGGAUUGCAUUCAAUAUCAGGAGUUGAUAUUGGACUUGGAAAAAUCUCUUAAAUUGUCUCAGUCAGAGCGUGAUGCAACAGAAAAGGAACUGAAGAGUGUGAAUGAAAAGGUUUCCAAGUUUGAUGACGAAAUAGGUAAUCUCUACAAAGAGAUAACCUCAUAUAAAGAGCUACUAAGUGAGGCUAAAAAACAGUCAGAAAGAGUUCUGUCUGAAAAUGAUAGAUUAAAAGAAGAACUGGUACAAAAGGAGGCGCAAGCAGAGCUUCAAAAGAUGAACAGAAAGAAAGAGUUGGAACAGGUCAAUGAACAACAGAAAGCUCUCUAUAAAAACAAGCUAAUGAAAAUUGAGGAAAGAAUAAAUGUUCUUCAGAGGGAGAAAGAGAGAAAUCGAGAGGAGGUCCUUCAGUUAAAGAGUGAUAUUGAGUCUAGGGACUUGCUUACUAAGAAACUUGAGAAAGAGGCGAAUACAAACUUGUCCAAGUUGGCAGCCUUUUCUCAUACUAUGUCAUCCCUUCAAAAUAACGGAGACAGUGUUGCAGAUGAGACAAAGCAAUGGGAAUUAAGAUUUCAAGCGGCAAUUGAAGACAAGGAAAAACAAUGUCUAGAUCAAAAACUUGCAGUACUUCAGCUUACAGAGGAAAUGAAAAUAAAGGAUGUGCAGAUUCGUGAGUUUCAGCACAAGUCCUCAAAACUGGAAGUGGCCUUUGAUGAAACAGAGUCCAGGUAUAAAGCUGCGUAUAUAGAUUUUCAGAAAGAAAAGGCACUAUUGAUUGCAACCAGCAGAGAACUUUCACAGAAUUUUGAAAUGUUAAAAGUAAGAUUCGAAGAACAGAAAGAUCAUGUUCAAAAACUAGAAGAGGAUAAAAAGGCACUUCAACACCAACUAGCUGAAAGUGAAGACUCUGCUGUCCAAAUGAAAGCAGAGCUGCUGACACUGGAGAAAAGGGUUACUGACACAGAUUCUGAACUUCAGCUUAGCCAGUCAAUCAGUGAUACAUUACAAGUCGAUCUUGAGAAACAGGAAGCUAUAGCCAAGAAGCUAAAGUCACUCCUUGUCAACAAAGAUACUGAGAUUUCCAUGCUGCUUUCGUCUAAAUGUGGAGAAAUGUCUGGCUAUCUAGCAGAGAUACAGAAUCAGAACAGAAUUCAGAUUGCUAGUUAUGAGGUGCGUUUAAGUGCUCUUUAUGAUGAAAAGGAAAAGAGAGACAAGGCAUUCAGAGGGCUGGAAAACAGAAUUAAAAAUCUUCAAGUGAAAUAUGAGAAGUCAGUUCAGGAGAAAGAACAAAUGGCUGCAAAAAUGGUAAACUUAAAAAAUGCAUUGACCUCUUCACAAAGUGACAGAGAUGGUUUACUGUCUGAAUACAAGGUUCUAGAGGAAUGGUAUCAAAGUGUUGCUAAUGAGAAAGCCAUUUUAAGUCAAGAGGAAGAAACUGAAAGCAAAACAUCGAAGCAGGAAAUUAAGACUCUCCUUCAUCAAAUGGAUGAUCUCAAUUCUGAAAACGCCCUGCUUAAAGCACAACUAAUACGAUAUAGAGAGGACCUUAACCAAGUCUUAUCUCUAAAGGACAACCAGCUAAAACAACUUCUGAAAAAACAACUGGAUUCAAUUAAAAACCUUGAACAUGGAAAGGCUGUUGUUGAGAAACAGUAUCAGGGUGCCUUAAGUGACCUUGAGCAAAAGAUUGAGAUAAUAAAGUCUUUAGAAUCUGAGAAAGAAAAAUUAGGAAUUCAGGUUCAGGAACUUGAAGCCAUUAUAACCACAAUGACCAAGGAGAAAUUAGAAAUGAAUGAGACCAAGGUGAUUGCUGAUCUGCAGGAGAAAAUUGUAGCCAAGACCACAGAAUGUAACGAGUUGAAACAAAACCUGGAUGCACAAAAAGCCACCACUAAUGAACUUAAAAUAAAAGUUAAAAAAAUUGAAAAGGACACAGACAAGAUAUUGUCAGCUGCAGAAGCAAAGUAUAACAAAGAACUUUCAGCUUUUGAACGGGAUGUUGACCUCAUGAGAAAUGUAUCGGAGACAGCAGAAGAAAGAGUUGCAGAAAUUUCAAGAGACCUGAUGCAGGCAGAACAGACCAUUUUGGAAGCCAAGACCCUAAACAAGGAAUUGAAAUCUCAAAAUGAGUCUUUUGGAAAAGCAAUGGCUGCUUUGCAGAAUGAUAGAGACAAACUCAUUGAAGACUUUAAGCACUUGCAAGUGAAGUAUGAUGAUGAACUGAAAACUGCAUCAGGCAAAGUCAACAAACUUGAAUUUCAGCUCAGUGAUGCUACAUCUGAAUUGAACGCUUUGGUAAAAGAAAGAGCGGUUUUGAUGCGGACACUCUCUGCCUUUGAAAGUGACAAUACUUAUAAUCAGCUGAUGGUUCAAAUAGAAGAUCUGCGCAAGGCAGUGGCGGAUAGAGAUAUUGAAAUUAAGAGAUUUUCCUCUGAAAAGGAGACUUACACCCGACAGAUGACUGCUUUUUCCAAAUCGAUGGCCAGUCUUCAGGAUGACAGAGACAGGCUGUUGCAAGAACUGGGCAGAUCAAAACGAGUUUAUGAGUCCAGACAGGGGGCAGCUUCACCUGUGAACAAUGCCACUGAUCUGAAUAACUGUACUGCACUCCAGGCAGAUAAUGGCAGGCUGUUAGAAGAGAUCACUAGCCUGAGGUCUGAACGUAUGGAGUUAUCACAGAUGAAAAGUAAAGCUGCUGAACUUCAAAAGGCCCUGCAGCAAGCUGAUGCCUUCAGACUGCAAACCGAGCAAGACGUUGGGGCGUACCAGACAGAGCUUGCAGAGCUAAGAACUGAGAAGAACCUGCUUCUCGCAGAGUCACGGUCCCUAAAGGAACAGUUCUUGAAAUUGGUUGCAGACAAAGACAGAGAGAUUUCUGAACUGCAGAAACUCUACCCUGAAGAAUCCAAGAAAUCCAGUGGUGUUUAUCCCACGGAGACAGAGCGUGUUACUUUGGUGGCAAAUGAGGAUUCCUCAGAUCAUGUACAGCUUCUAUUAACAGAACGCAUCCAGCUUCAGAGCGACUUGCAGCGAUGCCUACAAGAGAUUCACCAGAGAGACCUGAGCUUUCAGCAGCUGAACAGCAAGAUGAUGCAGACCAUAGAAGAGAAAACUAACCUGACAACCCAGCUGAAAGCUGUUACUCAGACUCUGCGUGAUACUCAGUUGCAUCACAAUGAGCUGCAGAACCGAUGCUACUGGCUGGAGAGGCAACUGCAGACACGGCCUAUACAAGCUUCCUUCCAGGGCCACGUACAAGGAGAAGUGGCUACAGAGGUUCCUCCAGGAGCACCACAAGAGCGAGCCAGUGCUGUAGUAGAUCUAGAAAGCUUGGAAGUCGGUGAGCUGAGGAAAAGGCUCACAGAUACAGAGCAGCUGUACAAUGCCACCCAACAAGAGCUUUCCCAGCUGGCAGAGUCUCUCUCUGAGGAGCAGGCGAGGCGAGAAGCAGCAGAGGAGGCUUUAGGGCUGGCUGAAGAGAGAGUUCAAAGUUUUGAUGCAAGCAGUUCCAGAUCUGCUGCGAGAGAGUAUAGUAUUCAACUGGAAUCAGAUGAUGAGCGUGAGGCACUAAUAAUAGACCCCACUGAACAUGUAGUAGUACGCAAGAUGAAAGGAGGAGCACUUUCUGUCAAGAGGUGGCUGCGUGGACGUAGUCUGUAUUGCUCCAAGCUGCUGACGUCCAGAGCAAAAUCUCGCUACCUUUUCCUCACUUACCUGUUGGCAUUACAUGUUGCUGUCUUCAUGUGCCUGACCGGAAUUCUGUAAACACUAACCAGCAAAAACCCUGAAAUCAAGGCAAUUUUCUAAGAUAGUUGUGCCAUAAUGCAUUUACAUGUUGUUUAAGCUAUGCACUGAUAACUGCUAUUAUAUUUAUUCAUAAUAAAAUAAUUUGACAGGGCAUCCAAAAAGAGUAUAUUGUUUAAGGGUUUAUAUAUAUAUUAGAUUAUAUCCCCAUGGUCAAGUUUCACAGAGUCUGAUUAGCACUAAUCUUGCAUAACCUAAUAUUACCUUUAGUCUCAAGAUUGGGGGUAAUCAAGGUCUGUGAAAUCAGCCGCAUAUGUUACAAAGUUAACUUCAUAUAUAUUUAGUAUCAGAAUUGUUUACAUCAUAAAUCACUUUUAAGAGUACAUAUAUGCUGUAAGCUUGUUGCAGCUUGUGGUAUAUAAUAUUUUAAUGAUCUGUAUAUAUUGUGUGAUUGCAGAAAAUCUAAGGUAACACUAAGUACUGCUGAUAUAUUUUCAAUAGGGGUUUUAUUUAAAAAAAAUAAAAAUAAACAAUGGUAGCUACACUGUUUUGUUGGAAAAAAUGUUCCUCCACCUUUUGAUUAUUGCAAGAGGCUUGAAGUGUGCAAUAUAGUUUGGCAAUGUAUUUGCUUUCAUGUAAUUAUAAGAUUAAUUUUAAUAAACUUGAAAACAGCAAA